AUGGAUAUGCAACUAAAAUCGAUGAAAAAAUCAAGAAGGAUGCAUAAAAUGUAUGCAUCAAAAAUUAUAGAAGAAACGAAUAUCUUAUUAGAUAAGGAACUUGAGUCUAGCGAAAAUCGUGAAGAUGUGGAAACUGACUUAAAUACGAACUUGGAGCUGUUGAACAUAAAAAUGAAAGUUAUAGAAAAUCUUAACGAUAAAAUAAGUGAGUUGUUGGAAGAUGAUGAUGAGAUUUGCACGGAUAUGAACGAAUCUGGAGACUUUCAAAAGUACAUUUUAAAAACCACUAUACGCAUCGAAAAGUAUUUUAAACAAAAUCCUAAUGAAUCUUCAUUCCAUAUUGAGAAACCAGCUUCCAAACCUAAAUAUUCAAUCUCUGCCAAACUGCCCAAGCUGACACUUCCCAAGUAUAGUGGCGAUCCAAUGACCUUUCAAUCGUUUUGGGACAGUUUUGAUAGUGCUAUCCAUUCAAACCAAGUAUUAAAUGACAUUUCUAAAUUCAAUUACCUCAAAAGUCUCUUAGAAGGAAAUGCGAGUCUUUCAACCCAAGGUUUAGCCAUAACAGGUGAAAAUUAUAGAACUGCAAUUAAAAUUCUUAAAGAAAGAUUUGGAGACGAACAAGUGAUAAUAAGCGCUCACAUGGAUGCUCUUCUCAACAUUCAACCUACUCAAAGUAAUAAAGUCUCUGAAAUCCGAACAAUCUUCGACUUAGUCGAAAUUCAUACUAAAAACUUAGAACUCUUAAAUGUUAACUCAGAGGAUUUUGGUCCAGUACUUGUAUCAGUAAUAAUGAGUAAAUUGCCUAAAGACUUUAAACUCGACAUUACACGAAAGAUGCCUCUAGGAAAGUGGAAAAUAAUAGACCUUAUGAACUGCUUUAGAGAGGAACUUAUAGUUCGUGAGCGUUGUAUAUCUAUGGAAAAAGGAAUGAGUAACUUAGACAUAAAUCAAGAUCAUUUUCCAAAAUACAUAUCAACCAUGCACUCUCAACAAAAACAUGUAAAACCAAGAGAGUGGCAACCCAAAUCAGUUAAGCUCAUUUCUUGUUCAUUUUGUAAAGGUAAGCAUCCAAGUAAUCGGUGUAAUGUUGUUAUAGAUGUUGUUGCAAGAAAACAUAAAACCAUACCAGACACCUCAGUCAAUGUUGUUGGUUGUCAAGAUAAUAUUCUCCUACAAACUGCAAAAGCUGAAAUAUCAGAAACAAGCAACUCAAUAAAGAAAACUAAAAUUGUUGCAAGAGUGUUAUUUGAUAAUUGCUCUCAAAAGUCCUUUGUGACAUCUGAUGUAAGAAAGAAGUUGAAUCUCAAAACUAUUCGAAACAAAAUUCUAAAUAUCAAAGUGUUUGGAGAAAGCUGUGAAAAGCCUCGAAAAUUUGACCUUGUCAGUAUUAAAAUUAAAAACAUCCAAACCAAUCAUUAUUCUACAUUCGAAGCAUAUGUUACACCAAUCAUAUGCUCUCCUAUUAUCAAUCAACGAAUCGACCUUGCAAAAUUGCAGCACACAGAAUUAGCCAAUAUACCGAUAGCUGAUGAUUUAAAAGAUGGAAAAGAAAUUGACAUAUUAAUAGGUGCAAAUUACUACUGGAACUUUGUAACAGGACAAUUAAUUAGAGCAAACCAAUCUCUAACCGCAGUAAACACAAUUCUUGGUUGGACUCUUAAUGGAAAUGUUAAAUCGAUUAAUUCUGCUUCUGUAAAUAUAGCAUCUGUUCUUCAUACAUCUUCUGAACCAAUCUUAUUUAAUGGUAAGAGAUAUUCCGUACCUCUACCUUGGAAACAAGAACGCAAACAGAUUCCAGAUAAUUAUGAGAAAAGCAAACUCAGAUUGCUAUCAACUUACAAUCGUCUCAAGAAAAAUCCAAACUUAUUGCAACAGUACAAUGAGAUUAUACGUCAGCAGGAACAUGAAGGAAUUAUAGAAAGAAUCCCCGAUUUUCCACCACUCGUAGGACAAGUCCAUUAUCUUCCGCAUCACGCAGUAAUCAAAGAGGAAAAGUCUACCACAAAAUUACGAAUUGUCUUUGAUGCAUCGUCAAAUAGUCCUUUAUUAAACGAUUGUUUGGAAAAGGGUCCUUGCCUGCUUCCCAUGUUAAUUGAUAUUCUUAUAAGAUUUGGGACUUACAAAAUAGCAGUAGCUAGUGAUAUCAAAAAAGCAUUUCUCAACAUUGCUGUAAACAAAAAUGAUCGUGACUUUUUGAGAUUCUUGUGGUUCGACAAAGUAAACAACAGCAAUCCAAAAAUCUCUUAUCGCUAUACUAGAGUACUAUUUGAUCACCCAAGUACGGAAAGUAAAAUCCUAGGCAUCACAUGGGACACUGGUCAUGACAAAUUGUCAAUUAAUCUAACUAAACAAUAUGAAGCUGGAACAAAUAAAAGAGUCACAAAGAGAAAUGUUCUAAAAAUUAUUGCAUUUAUAUAUGACCCAAUCGGAAUCAUUUCUCCCUCAAUUUUACAACUAAAGCUCAUUUUUCAAAAAAUAUGCACUACAAUAAAAGAUUGGUACAAGGAGCUAAAUGACGAGUUAAAAAAUGAGUGGAAUCAGUUAAUGCAGUUAUUAUCUUGUAAUCUUGUGUAUGAGUGGCAUCGCUAUUUCUUUAAAGAACAUUUAAUAAAAAACUUAACUAACAUAACUAUACAUGGCUUUUGUGAUGCCAGCAAAAGUGCAUACGCAGCUGUAGUUUUUAUAACUGUCCAAACUCCUGAUAAACAGAUUCUAGGUAGACUUAUUGCCAGCAAAACAAAGAUCUCUCCGCUAAAACCUAUAUCCAUUCCUAAAUUUGAACUGCCUUCUUGUCUACUGCUAUCUUCACUUAUGGCAUGUGUAAUUGAGUCUUUAAAUAGUACCCUUAAAAUAGAGAAUAUUUACUGUUGGAGCGAUGCAAUGGAUGCUUUAUGCUGGAUAAAGAAUAGUUCUGCAAACAGAAACCAAUUCAUUACAAAUAGAAUAACGAAAAUAAAGAAAAACAUUCCACCUAAUCACGGGAGAUUCUGCCCUGGUAAAAUCAAUCCAGCGGAUCUGCCCUCAAGGGGCCUCUCAAUCCUUAAAUCUGGUAAUUGGUUUGAAAAUUGGAUGGAUGGACCUGAGUUUCUUUAUCAAGAUCUCUUAUAUUGGCCGGCAGAACCAUCCGAUAUAUUCAACAAAAGUAAAACUGACGAAAUAUCAAAUCUUAGCGUGGUCAUAAAUGUAAACCCUACGAAAUUCAGCACAAAAAAUAGUGAAGUUAAAAGAAGCUCUUGA